AUGAGCAUCUCUGGCAUCCUGACACCUGAGUGCCAGGCAGGAAACAAUAAGCACACAAACGUCACCUGGCUGAAGAACCAGGAGGUGGUCUCCGAGGGCGUGGAAGAGACAGACUUCUACCCCAGCGUGGACAACAAUUUCCGCAAGUUCUCCUACCUCUCCUGUCCCUCAGCAGGAGACAUCUACGUUUGCCAAGUGGAGCACUGGGGCAUCCCAGAGGGAAAGAUGGAGAAGAUCUGGCUUUCCAAGGCACCCUCUCCCAUCCCGGAGACGAUGGAGAACGUGCUGUGUGCCCUGGGCUUGGCCUUUGGCAUCCUGGGCAUCAUCGCUGGCACCAUCCUUUUCUUCAGGCAUGAGGACAAACAAUCGCAGGGGGGCCUCAUGUGA